CUUUCGCCCGAUACUCUUCCCAGGAGCCCUGUGCGUCUUCCCGGUGUGCCUUAAUGUCGGUGUUCGCUUUCUGGGGCGUGAAUGGAGCGAUGAAUUGCGGGCAGCAGGGUGCCGGUCGCUGAGUUCCAGGGUCUACCGGAUGCAGGAGACACUGGGGCUGCAUGAAGCGCGUGGGUCGGUGUGCCCCUGAGUGAACCGCGGCUACACAUGCAUCUUUAACACAGAUUAUAUAACGUGGAACAGAGAUAUGUACGUGGAGUAGAUGUCUGCGCGACAGGGAAGGCGGGAGAGAUGCCCCAGCCCAGAUCCUACCUGUGCUACCUUCUGUUUGGCAUCUAGAUUUGUUUUUUUUUCGCUUGGUCUCCCGCAAGCGUAGUGUGAAAGGCAGUGAAGGGAGGAUCCAGUCUCUUGCUCCGUUUAACCCUCUCCCCCCCGCCGUCCUGGGCUCUUUGGUCCUCGCCCUGUCCCCAUCCCUCGCGUCCUUCCUUUCUCCUUGCAGCUCGCCUACUUCGCUGCUCUCUGCCGCUCCCCAGCCCGAUUCCUCCUUUACUGGACCCCUUUCCCCACGCGGUUCCCUUUCCGGUUUCAUAAAGAGGCGGGGGCCGGGAGGGGAGAGGAGGGACAAUGAAAACAGUAAUAAAAAUGAAUGAACCCAAGCGGUGGAGCCACGCCGUAAGUUUGUUUUACGGAAACGCCUUUUGGACACACUCUGUUCUAAUUCAGUGGGAAGCUGCUGUUUGGAGUUGAGACAGAUUAAAGACUGCAGGGUCCUUGGGGGCUCUUUUCCAGACAAACUUCUAUAGGGGAACGCAUCUUUUCUUGUUUAUUGCGCUCCCUCCGCCAGUCCUUUUGAAAAUCCCUGUAUAGGAGGCGAUCCUGUAUCACCUUGCAAUAUUUAACAGCGAAGGGUGUGCUCAUUUUUGCUUCUUGCUUGUGGUCCGCUGUUGCAGGUAUUCACUUCCUCCCCUCAACCCCGGGUCUGGCAGUUAGUAAAGUGCAAGCCCAACGCACCCCCAAGCCGGGCGGCGGCCCCCAGCCUCCCCGGGGCCCGAAGGCAGAGUCAGGCCGAAGGGACUCGCGGGCCUGCUAAGGGGUCCUGCCUGCCGCGUGUGCGAGCGCGCGUGCUCCCGCACGGUCACGACUGGCCUUCCCUCCCCCAUCUCAUCAAUGGGAAACCAGAGACGCUAGCACGCCGGGGACUCUGGCUGGUUGGUGCCGUAGGAGAGGUGCCCUGGGCCGGAGCGGAGGAAGAAAUCUUUCCUGUUUUCUGCUCUGUAUGCUGCCUUUAUCUUUGGUGGUCGGCACCUAAUGAACAAACGGGCGAAGUUUGAACUGAGGAAGCCAUUAGUGCUCUGGUCUCUGACCCUUGCAGUCUUCAGUAUAUUCGGUGCUCUUCGAACUGGUGCUUAUAUGGUGUACAUUUUGAUGACCAAGGGCCUGAAGCAGUCAGUCUGUGACCAGAGUUUUUACAAUGGACCUGUCAGCAAGUUCUGGGCUUAUGCAUUUGUGCUAAGCAAAGCACCCGAGCUAGGAGAUACAAUAUUCAUUAUUUUGAGGAAGCAAAAGCUGAUCUUCCUGCACUGGUACCACCACAUCACUGUGCUCCUGUACUCCUGGUACUCCUACAAGGACAUGGUUGCCGGGGGGGGUUGGUUCAUGACUAUGAACUAUGGCGUGCACGCCGUGAUGUACUCUUACUAUGCCUUGCGAGCGGCAGGUUUCCGAGUGUCCCGGAAGUUUGCCAUGUUCAUCACCUUGUCCCAGAUCACUCAGAUGCUGGUGGGCUGUGUCAUUAACUAUCUGGUCUUCUCCUGGAUGCAGCAGGACCAGUGUUACUCUCACUUUCAGAACAUCUUCUGGUCCUCCCUCAUGUACCUCAGCUACCUUGUGCUCUUCUGCCACUUCUUCUUUGAGGCCUACAUCGGCAAGAUGAGGAAAACCACAAAGGCUGAGUAGUGUUGGAACUGAGGAGGAAGCCAUAGCUCAGGGUCAUCAAGAAAAAUAAUAGACAAAAGAAAAAUGGCACAAGGAAUCACAUAUGGUGCAGCUACAACAAAACAUAUGAGCAAACACAAAACCCAAGGCAGCUUAGGGAUAAUUAGGUUGACUUGACCCAGUAAGUUUAUGAUCCUUUAUGGGUGAGGACUCACUGAGUGCACCUCCAUCUCCAAGGACUGCUGCUGGAAGACCCCGAUCCCUCUUUAUCUGACAACUCUAGGACACAUGGGAAGGAAAGGGAGCCAGAGGCACAGAGAGAGAAAUUGAAGGCAAACAAAGGCUAUUAACACUAAACGGAAAGAAAAAAUAGUUAAGUGUUACAUUUCUCUAAGGAUGAACGUUUACGUGAGAAACUGUGUGUGCGCGCACACACGAUACUUCUAAUCUUUUCUGACACUAAACUGGAGCCAACAGAGCAGAUACCAGUGGAAGGGACACAGGACGUAUACCUUGGACAGUAAUGCUUUUGCAAAAAUUAAAGCCUUUUUAAGAAGUGUUAAGCUGCAGCCCCAUGAGAAAAGAUGUCUUAAUCACCUCUUAUGAAACUGGAUAUAAACAACUAUUACUUCCACUGAGAGAAAGGCGUAUUUUCCCCUUCACCGCACAGCCUCAGGCUGGUGAAUGUGCCAAACCAAAGGGGCACAAUUUUUUUCCCCCAGGGUUCUUCCUGGGAGGAUGGAAACAAUGCAGCCAGUUCCUAAAGGUGUAGCUCCAUCUCGGAGCAGCUCUGAUAGAUGAACUAUGAUUUCUGAUCCUAAAUGAGAUAGGAAGCAUUUUCCUUGGUUCAGUUGCUCCAGGCUUUUGAACAGAGUAAAUACAGAAUAGAAAAAAUAAAAUUCAAAAAUUAUUUUUAAAAUGGAUUCUGUGCUCCCUAUACAAAAAGGUUCAGCCCAAUACCAUUCUGGAGCUUGGGAAAGGGAACUGUCAGAAAAGUGAGCCGGGAGAUCAAUACAAUAGACAAACAGUAUGUAUACCCCUCCCUGAGUGAGUUCACACAUACUCAAAACGUUCCAAAUGCAACCCUGUGGUACAGUCCAUGUUUUCUAUAUUUUUGUGAAUUUCGAAAAUCUGCAGGGCUCUUCCUGAUGAUUGGGUGAACACUGUGUUUCUACAUCGUCUGCAUUUGCUCCCUAAGCAAUGUAGAGGUGUGUAAAGUGCCCUCUGCUGGUAAAGUGGAGAUACUUCAACAAACACUUCAUGGCAAGUUUGACUGGAACAGUUGACCACAAAGGGCCCUCUAUAGACUUAUCCUUCAAAUUUUAAGUGAUGUAAAAUACUUGUCAUAUUUUUGGCCAAAUCAGAAGAUGUUCUGCCCGCUUCAAGUCAGCUUCAGAAAUUUUUUAAAAGGGACUUUCACUCUGGAACUCAGAAAAUCAAUUUAUUAAGAGCCAUAUUCUUUAAAAAAAAAAACUAGAUAAUAUAAUAUUAUCUGUAAUAUUUCAGUCCUUUACAAGCCAAAUAAGUGUGUAAACAUUCCUAGUAUUUCAAAGAAGCAAUUAUGUAAAGUUGUUCAAUGUGAUAUAAUAGUAUUCUAAUUGGUUAGGUAGCUUAAUGAUUAGACACACUAGAUGAAAAGAUUAGUGGCUAGUACACUGAGUAGUUUAUACACACGUAACUACACAUAUAUGCACACAGAUGUGGGGUACACUGGACAUCAAAGCCCAAAUGAAUAGAAACACAUUUUCUGGCUAGCAGGAAAAAAAAACUGUUGUUUAUCUUUCUUCCUUUAUUUGAGAGUGUACAGAAAAAGGGAUUUUUUCAAAUUAUUUUUAUAUUAUUUUAGCUUUAAUUGUGCUGUCAUUCAUGAAACAGAGCUGCUCUGCUUCUCUGUCAGAGAUGACAAGGGCUUUCUCAGCAUCCUGCUUGUGUGUGGAAUUUAAAAGAAUAAAGUUUUAUUCCAUUCCAUGUGAAUGGUUUGAACAAUGAACAAAGAAUCCAUGCAAACUAAGUAAUGACUGAUAGACCGGGUCGGGGGUAAAGGGGUGCCACAGAGGAAAGCUGUUACAUCUGUGUUCAAUAAUUGUGAACAGUCUGUGAUGUUUUGACACUGGUUCAUAGAUGAGAAACAACGGGAAGAAUGUAUUCUUUUUAGGGAAAAAAUUGAUACAAGCUAUAACAGCUAACAGAUUUUUAGGAUGCAAAUAAUGUUAUUUUGAGCUUUGAAAAUACUUGAUUCUGUGCAAUAAGCUUUUUUUUCUUAUAACAAAAUGAGCAGAAUAAUUAAAAUGGGGAAAAGGCCAAAAAUCAGCUGACUUGAGUUUAAUUGAAGGACCAGUUAGGGCUUAUCUGGUUGAUUUAAUUAUUAAUCCAUUGGUUCAUCAUUGAUUCUUUAUUGCAGGUUAGAAUAAGGAAAUGAACAUAGACCAUACUUGUGUUCACUUGUAAGAUAAUUUGGAACUUUGGUUUACAGGCUGAAUGUCUAAUAGUUCUUAAAUUAGGUAAAUAUUUUUGAGGCAUUUCCAACGUUUAUCAUGGAAGGAAAAAAAACCCCACACAUUUGAAAAAACAAAAUUCUGGCAUUUCAGGUUCAGUACAAUGUUUGUUAACAUCUUAGCUUUAACUACUUAACAAUAUCAAGAUAUGAGGCUGAACCACUAUCUCAAAGCAAAUCUGAAACCUACCAGAGAAUUGACUGCCACACAGAUAAUCCUGUCAGUUAACAUUCCAGAAAAACUCAGGCAGGUAUGUUUUUAUAGCUGCCCCACUAUGCUGCAAUAGAUUACCUUUCUGUUGAAGAUUUAACACAGCAUUCCAACUCUACUAUGGCAAAAACAUUCCUGGAUUGAAAAAAAAAAAACAGAAAAAAAAUCCUUCAUUUCAUAUAGGAGUACAUGCAAACAGAUAAAUGAGGCCUAAACAGCAAUGCAAGUGUAUGAGUUUGCAGUGAAAAGCAUUCCAGUGAGAGAUGCUGUAUUCAUAAAUCGGGAGGCUUUAUCUGCACCUUUUAGUUUUGCUAAUGAAACAAGAGCAACUACUAUAUUAUCCAUAGUCAAUGCCAGACCAAGUACCAAAUUAACAUCAUGUACUGAAGUUACCAUCUCAGCUAAUUGGUUCCCAUCGUGAUCACACUCCCGUACAAAAGCAAGUGGGGAGGGAAAAUGCGUAACAGGUUGCUUAAGAGGAAAGAAAGGAUGGGUUAUAGCCUCCUCACUUCACCUCUCUACUAACGUAGCUCUGGACUGAGUCAGAAACUUCAUUUGUGAGGGGCUUUUGUAGAACUGAAUAGAACAACCCUUCUAGGGAAAGGGAGCUUUUUCCCUAGAAUUUUUUAAAAAUCACAUGUGGUGUCAUGAGAAGAUAAAACCUGUCACAUCAGAGUAACAAAGCACCUGGAGUCAACUACACUGGAGUAGGAUGUUCCAGAAGUCUGGCCUCAUUCCCAGACUGCUGAAUUUACCUGUGAGAGAGAACACGCUUGGGUUGCUAUCUUGUCUUUAUUUGACUAAAAGAGCCUUUCGCCAGAGUCUGUAUGUGUCACAAAACUAAGUCACCUCCAGCACAUUGUGAGGGCUUUUUUCUGGCUUGGUCAAUGAUUCCUUAACACAGUUGCCUUGGUUCCGGAGAGCGGUUAGCGUGGAGGAGGUCAGCUAGGCUUUGCCUCGCACAGUUCAGGGCUCGAGUCAUAUGUGCAUGGUCCAUGACUGUCUCUUCUAGGCACUUACUUCCCUGAAAAAGUUUCCAACCUAAAAAGGACAGUUGGGUGACUAUUUCAUGAUGAAGGUUCAGAACUUUCCAUUAGUCCAGUCUUUUUUGUUUUUGAUGAUACUUUGCCAUCAGUUUGGGAUGGUGGUAGAGCACUGUGAGUCACUGUGCCCUGUGGCUUUCUCCAGUUGUUCUUGGGGCCCUUCUAUGUUUAUAUGCAAGACCUCAUUCUUUGUGCCUCAGACCCAUUACCAUCAAGAAGAGAUUUUGCUAAGAAUAUACUACAGGGUUUGGCCUGUAGGAUACACAUGUUAACAUGAGAGCUGAUAAAGCAACGUACUCCCUUUUCGCUGACAAUCAGUAUGAAGUGUUAGGUCCCAGUUUUCCAGUGAACCAACGGCCUCUAUACUGGUACCUGAUAACUUAAGCAAAACAAGCAUCAGUGUAGUUCCAGCACUUUCUUGAGAGCCAGUCGUGACAGACUGUAACUAUGAGCACCUGUAGCUAAAGAGGCUGGGUAAUUGCACCUGUGCAGAGCCUAGAAUCCUGGUGAGUUAUUCAGUUACUCUCCUCAUCUAUAGAAAGGGGGGACUAAUCCUCAGGAUUCUCUUCCUCCUGAAUUACACUUUCUUAAAAGAGUAAAACAAGUUGUUCUAGCACUAAAGAGACAGUGGGAGCAUCCCCGUGUAUAGGUUUGGGGGGCUCUCAAUAAGGGCGUCUUGAUUUUACAUUGGGCAGGCUAAAGUCUUGGAACCAGAUACACGUCACUGGAAAGCCAAACUCAAAUCUGCAUUUCAGUAAACUCCUGAUACAACUGGUUAAGUUAAAAAAAAAAAACUGGGCCCAUAAAUCAGGGUCUAGCCUUAUUUUGAACCCAUUUUGGCCAGGAUUGAGGGAUUCUAACUCAUGGUAUUGAAUACUGUUAUUUUCCACUGCAUGGUGGCACUUGAGGCUGCUUCUCCCAGUGGACACAAGUCAAGAACACUCCAGAAGUAGCCUAAUGGUGCGGCCCAUGCACAUCUGUUUCAGUCUGGGCGUGUUCAGGCAGGAGUUUGUGCCUCUCUUGGGAACUGCUGGAAGAUUCAGCCUUUUAGGGCCCCCAGAGCCUACGUUCAGGUAGAAGCCCACCCACGUAAGCCUCAGCAAAUCACAGCAGUGUUGGAAUUGUUACUUCAAGUGCUUAUUUCACAUUAAAAGAAAUAUUUUUUCCUGGUAUAUUAAAAAUAAAGUAACUUUUGAUUUAA